GCAACGAGGCAACGAGGCAACGGGGCAACGGGGCAAUGCGAUAAAUUGAGGGCUGCUUUGCAUUUUCGAGGGCAGCCCCUCCGGUGGCGACCCUCAGAGCUGUGCAUCUCAUGUGGCUCCCUGCGCAAGUCUUUAGGGAAUUGCCGCCAAGCAUCCUUGUUUUGGCUGUCAGCGACUUUUCCAGUCGCAGGGCAGUGUCGCGGCAGAAAAGGCUGACGCUGUGCGCGUUCGACUGCAUUACUUUUCCGUGAUUUGUCCAUUCUUUUCCAUUUUGCCGUUGUUGCGCUCGUGCCUCACCCUGCCCUGGCCCUGGCUCCGGGCGAUUGCAGGCGCUGUGCCCAGGUAUGCGCCAUUCAGGUAGUGAACUUUGAGGGCCGGUCCUGAGGACAUGGACCUACCCAAGCUCCUCAACCCCACGGAGAGCUUCCUAUGUUGCCUGCCCCUGCACGUCGGGGUGAAGGUGCUGAUGUGGCCGCACCUCAUAUUGGUGCUCUACACUGUGGCCACUGCAGUGGAGAACCUCAUCGGAGAUGAUCAAGGCGCUCCUGGAACCUCGCAGAUGUUUGAGACAAUCUGGUCACUCCUUGGGGUGCCCGUCUUGGCCGCGGGGCUUUGGGGCGUGUACCACCGCGUGGAGUCCCACGUGCGGCUGUAUUGGUACUACCUGGUGCUCAGCUUCCUCAUCGACUUGGUCUACAUCGUGGAUCUCUUCAUUGUGCAGGACGCCUGCGUGCACUUGAAGCUGGAGGAAGCGGCCAGGGGCGGCCAGGCCUUUGCCUGCGGAGUGGCGCGGAGCAUCAGCGCCACCGCCGCCGUGGUGUCCUGCCUGGCGGCCUUGUACUUCAUCUAUGUGGUCUGGUCCUGGUGCGAGGACAUGGAGGGGACUGACGCUGAGGAGGCCAUUGCUGGGCUGCUGGAUAUCGCAGACGGGAAGCAUCCUUCCAGGUCAAAGUUGCGAUUCCAGCCGGACCUCAUUGGCCCCGGCAUGGACGCCACGGCGUCCAUCAUCUCGGGGGCCUCCAUCUUCUACGGCUCGGUCAGCUCGGCCAUUGGCCAGGAAGCCAUGGCGGUUGGAUCCUUCGCUGCAAGCCAGAUCGACGACAUUGAGAAUUAUGCCAUGGGUUUCGAGGGCUGAGUGAGAGGUUGACUUCUCGAGUUCUGAAGCUGAUUGCAGCGAGUCGGAAAGCCGCCA